GUCAUCAUGCAACAUCAGCUCAAUUGGUGAGAAAAUCUGUGGUUGGGGGCAGCUAUCUUCAGAUACUAUCUGCCUAACUAAUGAGUGGGUCAGGCCCUGUUGAUGAUAGAGCUGACAUUAGGAGACUAACACGUGCAGGGGCAUUAAGGGUACCGCACGUGUUCCAGGCCUUAAAUCCGGGAGAAGAAAGACGGCUACGUAGAGCCCAUGCGCUAGCAGCGGGGAUAGCAGCAGCGAACGCAGCAGCUAGAGAGCAGGCAACAACAGCCAGAGCAGCAGCGAUGGCUAAUGGCGCAAACUCUGCUGCGUCAUCAUCUGCGUCCUCGUCAGGGACUAAUGGGGGCCGGUUAGGAAUGCCAACGAGUUCCACAAGCUCCUCGGGCACUUCCCGUUCCACAGGUUCUAGAAAGUCUUCUAGUCAAAUGGCGGGCUCGCAGUUCAGCCCGUUGACCCCGCGUCAGAGGGAGCUCAGAGAGAUCCAGCAGGUCGAGAUGCUCCGCCGUGAGUUAGAGCAGGACCUGAAAGAAGCUACCGAUAGAGAAAAUGCGAUGAAAACUAGAGCAGCCAGGCUUGAAUCUUUAGAGGCUGACAAGGCUGAGUUAGAGGGAUUGGAUGAGUCAGCAUUGACUGACCCGCUCAAAGUAUUGAAGAAGAAUAUGCUGUCAUUGCACGCACACGUGGACAGCAAAUUAAACUUCAUGCAGAGCACUCUAGACCAGAUCUUGAAUGCGUUGACAAAGCCAGGAUUCCGGCCACCAGCACAAUCGCCGUUGCCGUUAUCGACGAUGUCAGGCCCCUUUCCAGUUCAAGCUGCCAAGUGGUUAGAUGGUGUAGUUAUAAAGGCCGGGUAUGGGAGACGCAUGGCGGACUGGGCUAAGUCUCUGACGUUAGACCAGUUCAUGGAAAUGGUAGAAGCUCGAUGGCAUAACCCACAGGAGGCUCAAAAGGCCACUGAUGCCAUUAACAAACUAGACCAACGCAAGUUCGGGUCAGUUAGAGAGCUUACGACUACCGUUGAGAGCUUGAUCCUCGUCCCAGGCAUCAACUAUAGCGAUCAGUUCCUAUUGACUACGUUUGUGAGAUGUCUCCCAGAGAACAUUAGGAACUUGCUAGCCAGCGAGGCACGCACUGAGUACCACUCGUUUGAGACACUGUCUCGGAAAGCCUUAGACUUAGAGGCCACGCUAGGCAAUGCUCAACCCACCUCAGGGAAUGAUUCAAAGAAGAAGAGUCCUCAGGAGUGGAAGAAGAAGGGGGCGAAGUUGAUGAUGGUUGAGUCUGAUGGGACUCAAACUGAGAUCGAUGAGCUCUCUGACCUGAUGGACUACUCAGAGUAUGACGGCGAGGAGGUAGUUGAGGGUAGCACCCUCGCCGUGGUAGUUAAGACUAAGGCGGUAGGCCGAGGGAAGGGCCAGCCUAGGGGUCAAGGGAAGACCGCCUCCAAUCAGACUAAGCAGGUUGAGUGGGUAAAGGCAGGUCUUGAUCAAGACGUGUGGCGUGACCGCCGAACGCGUGGUGCUUGUAUCAACUGCGGGGAGUACGGACACUCGCAAUACAAGUGCCAGAACGCUAAGCACGCUAUGAAUCGGAUCUUCCAUGACCAUUUAGAUAAUUUUGUCAUGGUCUACCUAGACGACAUUCUGAUCUUUAGUAAGUCUGCCAAGGAGCAUGCACAACAUGUUGAGACGGUACUUUCACUCCUUCGGCAGCACAAGUAUAGGGUCAACUUAGAGAAGUGCGAGUUUGGCCGCACUAAGAUACUAUACUUGGGUCAUGAAGUAUCCGCGGAAGGGAUUAGGCCGGAAGAUGCGAAGGUGGCUAGUAUUCGAGACUGGCCACGACCUCAGACUGUCACUGAGGUCAGAUCUUUCUUAGGAAUGUGCGGCUACUAUAGGAACUUCGUUAAGAACUAUUCUACAGUCGCCUCUCCUUUGACAGAUCUAACUCGACUUGACACGCCGCGGGACUGGAGUGAUGAGUGCGAGGGUGCUUUCAAGAAAUUGAAGCAUGCACUCAUGAAUCACGAGGUUCUCAUGGUUCCCGAUCCGCAGAAGCCAUUCAUAGUAACCACUGACGCAAGCCAAUACGACAUUGGCGCAGUGCUGGCUCAGCAGGAUGGGAAAAAGUUGAGACCGAUUGAGUACAUGAGUAAGAAGAUGCCAUCGAAGAAGUUGGCUAAAUUCACCUACGAAAGGGAACUCUAUGCUCUCUAUAAGGCACUUGUCCAUUGGAGACACUUCCUUUUGGUAAGGUUCUUCUAUCUGAGGACUGAUCAUCAGACCCUCAAAUGGAUCAAGACUCAACCGGCUCUUUCUGAUGCACUCGAGCGAUGGAUUGAGGUCAUAGAUCAAUAUGACUUCAAGCUUGAGUACCUGAAGGGAGAGUACAACAAGGUUGCAUACGCACUAUCCUGUAGAGCAGACUACCUUGGUGCGCUAGUUUCUGACUUUGGCGUAUCUAAUGAAGUAACUCAAUCAUUGGUGGGAGCCUAUCAGGAAGACCCUGCCACGAUGGACAUCAUCCGCAAACUUCAGACAAAAGACAAGGCCACAGAAAGUACCGCGCGGAGCCCCAGCUAUGGCGCCAGGAGUCUUUCUGGGAGAAUUGGGCCGGAAUCAGGCUCGAAGGGAACUGAACGCGGGGAUAGCCAUGGCCAUACACACAGGUCGCGUACACCUUCUCCGCAGGGUGUGGGUGGCUCAGCAUCCUUGGCAAUCCAGCAAGAGCCAGGUGCUCCCGACUGGGUUGCUGGUGAGCCGCACAAUGGAAGAGAAGUGCCUCCAAACUCCGAACCAGACAUGGAGCAUUCCUUUCCAAGAUUUCAGGCGGAAUCGAGUACUUUAGGAUCUGCCCUGGAAAAAGCACGAGAGAGGAUGCGCCAUGAACUCAGGAGAGACUUGAGAGCCAAGGAGAUACUGAGCGGCCUGGACAUUUCUGAACAGCUGAUCCAAGCACAAUGGCGCGGAAAUCGCGUGCCUCCAUUUGACUCUACUGAGUCUACUCUGCUUCUCUGCAGUAGCUUAACAGAUGGUCUGGCUGAAGGGCCAUUUGGACCGGCAGAUGGGACCAUGCUGUGGUCAAAUUCUGCAGGUGCUGACUUGUCAUCGCCAUUGGCAAAUGACGAAGUUGCUUGGCCCAGAGUUCCAUUGCUUCCAUUGAAUAAACUCCGCAACUUGGAAGGAGGGCAUUACUUGGGCGGCGAUGGUUCAGAACAGGACCAGACACUCAUCAAAGCGUUAGACUCGUUGAGGCAGAUAGUCUUACCCCAUGCCCACUCAGGAAUGGAUGUGGUGGAGCCAGCCAAGGUUGUGACGAACCAAGCCGAGGGUGACACUCGUCCCAGAGCAGGUGUGAAGAGGGGAUCAGUAAGGGUAGCGGAUCUGUAUAUGGAUCAGGUGCAACCAGACGGUGGGAUUACUGGAAACGAGAAGAGUGAAGGGCGCAAGGCGAUUGCCGCAUCCGGCAACAGCUUGCAGGAGAGCCAAUGGCGUGGUCUGUGCACAGAGAGAGUGUCUGUUGACAUGAGCGAUCGCGUUUUCGAGUCUUUGCUUCAGACGUACCGCAGGAGCUCAAUCUUGAAAACCGCGAGGGAAUACUCCACCGCGUUGAAUGCGAUCGCUAGCCUACGAUCAGGAGAUCGUGUGGCCAUGGAUGGCAGGCAGCAGGGCUCAGAAGCGGCGAGGGACGUAUGCCGCGUGAGCGUCCGAUUGGAUAAGGAGGUCGGGCAGGAACCACGCAAGGAACGGAGUUUUUCAAGAGAUGUUUCAAACACCAUGGGAGGGAAUGCGGGCAUCGCCAAAGUGCCACAAAGUGCCUGGGCUGCGAAACCUGAAAAACCGGGAAACUAUGAUACGCCGAGCAUGACUGCUGCUGCUCCUGCUGACACAGCUGCUGUUGCGGGAAAGCCGUCUGCAGACAAGAACAAGAAAGUGGACGCAUCUAGUUCUACUCUUGACAAGGAAAGGCAGUUUUGGAAAGCAUAUGGGAAGCUGUUUCCUAGGAAAAGAGGAAGCACAUUUGGAAAGGGACUCAAGGGAGGCAAAAGGGAGGAGGGGGUUCAAGUUGGAGCAGGAGAAAGGGAGAACUCUGAGUCAAGAAAAGCUAACCCCAGCACACAGGAAUACUACUUUCUGCAAGUAAGUGCAAGCUUGCAAGGUUGCCAGAAAGGAAAAAGGAAAAACAAACGAAAACCACAAUCCUUACGGGGGAGUUUUGAUGUGCUGCUAACCAACCUGGAGACAGGAGUCACAGUGGAGGGAGGGUCACGGGUAAAGGUCAACCGUGACAGGUUGCUUAUGUUCGAUAAGGACGAAGACAUUGGGUCGAUCCUUAACACAUGCGAGUUGUUUGGAUGUCAAGAUGAUCCAGCCUCCCUGUAUGGGCAGCCGAUUCGUGUGCAAGUCUUCAGCACAUUUCCAACAGGAACACCUGGUGGCAUGAGGUUGGUGGACGAGGUGGUGUUGUUCUGCACGGGUUCAUCUCACGUGUCAGAACCUCCAGGAUUGCCAGCUGAUGCACACCUCAGCGAGAGGAAAUCCCUCAGCUCCUCCUUACAGGCGCGACCGUUGGUAAGAAAGGUGUACUCUGACAGUCCGAACAUCGUCAAAGACUGUUGGACGGAAAUGUACAGAAAGAUGAUGGUGAACGUGGAGCAGAACCGUAGACCUUCAGUACCCGGGAGACGAGAGGAGGCUGUCCGAAGAAGCAGCGACAGCAGACAAGGAGGGAGAAAGGGUGGCAAAGGAGACGGUGGUGCCGGAGAAAGGGCGGACGGAGGAGGUGAGGUAGUAUCAAGACAUCAGGCGAAUGUUGAACAGAGUGGAGGAUAUGCGAUAGAGCCAAAAAUUGCGGAGCCCGGUGGUGGCGAUCCUGAUUCCCUGCCGUCUGCAGGGGCGAGUCGUAUAGCCGAUGACAGAUUGCGUUUUCCUAAGAAACAGCAGCGCCGAAAUUCCUCCUCCGACAUGCUCAUACCCUCGACAAAGGGCAUUCUCUCUCCUCCAUUGUCUUCAAGAUCUGCAGAAACGUCUGCGGCAGUCGGCAAUCAUGGUGCCGGGACCGUCCGCAAGCACACUUCUGGAACACGACGACACUCCGACUCUUUGGUACAUAGUAAUAACCGCACCAUAGACAAAGACAUGCACUCGUCCGGCGGCGACAACUGGCAUGAUGCUGCGGAUUCGGAAAUCGGCAAACAGAGCAAAGGGGGUUUGCAGCUAACCUAUACGGACAACUACCAGAGCCUUAUAGUAGCUGCACUGAGGUCUGCUACGGAUGCAGCAAGGUGGAAAGCUCUACAGCUAGGGGAGGAGGAGGAUGUGAAUGCUACCCUGGAAGCAAGCAGUGGCUCACGGCGUAAGCUCCUUGACGUGCUACGGAACAACAUGAAAGACAAACUUGCAGAGAUAAAAAAGAUUUUUUUGCUGGGACGAGCACAAGCAACAGGACAGCAGGAGAGGAGAAAGGUACGGACGGCCAGAGGUUGACAGGUCGCCGACAAAGGGUGAGUUACUCAAGUGUUAAUGGACAGGUGAUAACAGUUCCAAGUCCAACGCCGUGAUGUUAGAGAGGAGUGACUGUCAGUUUAGGGAUAAAAGGGGCUGUGAAAG